AUGGCCAAUUACCCUCCCGCUGCUCUCGCAAGGCUUGUGGAACUCUCCGAACAGCGGAGGACUCGCGAUCUCGAGCACAGCCGCGCGCUUUCAACUGCCACGAGAAAUGGGAAGAGAGCGGUUUCUGAAGCGCAAGGAGCCUUCAUCGAGGCUAAAGAAGCAUACUCGUCUGAAGGUUACCGAGUGCUGAACAGAAGCAGACUGACUGUCCAUAAUCAGGAGCAGAUAAAGGCUUUACUUGAGUUACUGGAUGAAGUUGAACCGCCCUAUCUGCUUUAUAGGGUGACGGUUAAUGGUCCGGUCCCGGAUGAAGAUAAUGUAGACCCCCUUGUUCAACAAAUGAGGCAGAGUCUGGAGGCGCGUGGAUUCGCUCUCGUGGGAGGGAACACGUACGCCCUUCCGAACACGGAGGCGAACGCGCAGGGAUGACUGGGGAAGAAACACAGAGUAGAGUAGAGUAGUGUAAAGUGGAGGAGAAACAGAGGAGGAGAAAAGUAGAGU